GAGAGAUCAGAAAACCAUAGUUUCCAUUCUAGCUAGUUUGCAGAUAUAAAUAUAUAGAGAGCAGUGUUGAAUUUUUGGGUGUGAUGGCUGGAGAUCAAAGGUGGUUUUGGGGGGUGAGUAUUGUGAUUGGGUUUUUGGUGGGAAUGAUGUUGAACCAUUUCUUGCCAUGGCUCCUGCGGCUUGGGGUUGUGCCCAAGGGGUCUUUUGGGUGGCCUCUUCUGGGAGAAACCCUUGCCUUUUUGAAGCCUCACCCUUCUAACUCUAUUGGUUCUUUCCUGCAAGAUCAUUGUUCUAGGUAUGGGAAAGUGUUCAAAUCCCAUCUUUUCUUCUCCCCCACAGUGGUUUCAUGUGACCAAGACCUCAAUUACUUCAUCCUGCAAAAUGAGGAUAAGCUGUUCCAGUGCAGCUAUCCCAAGCCCAUCCAUGGCAUCCUGGGAAAAGUCUCUAUGCUGGUUGCUGUGGGAGACACCCAUAAGAGGCUCAGAAAUGUUGCCCUUUCCCUUGUCAACACCACCAAAUCUAAACCUGAGUUUCUCAAUGAUGUUGAGACUGCUGCCCUCCACAUUCUUGAUUCCUGGAAAGAUAUGCACCAAGUCAUAUUCUGGGAACAAUCAAGAAAGUUUACAUUCAAUGUAAUAGUAAAGCAAGUUCUUGGAUUAACCCCAGAAGAGCCACAGACUACUGAGAUUCUUCAAGAUUUCCUGACUUUCAUGAGAGGCCUUAUCUCUUUGCCACUCCACAUACCUGGCACUCCAUAUGCAAGAGCUGUGCAGGCUAGACGUAGAAUAUCUUCCACUGUCAAAGCAAUCAUAGAGGAAAGAAGAAGGAGAAGGCAUCUUGGAGAUCAUAACAGUAAAAAGAAUGAUUUUCUUGAGAUACUGUUAUAUGUGGAUACCUUAUCUGAAGAUGAAAAGAUUAGUUUUGUUCUAGAUUCUCUCCUAGGUGGUUAUGAGACCACCUCGCUCUUGCUGUCCAUGGUUGUUUAUUUUCUUGGUCAAUCCACCUCUGCCCUUGAACAAUUAAAGCUUGAACAUCAAAGCAUAAGGAGCAUGAAGAAAAAGGGAGAGUUCUUGAACUGGGAAGACUAUAAAAAAAUGGAUUUUAGUCAAAAGGUCAUGAAUGAAGCUCUUAGAUAUGGAAAUGUUGUUAAAUUUGUGCACCGAAAAGCACUCAAAGAUGUCAAAUUUAGAGAUUACAUUAUUCCAUCUGGUUGGAAGGUCCUACCAGUUUUUAGUGCAGUUCACUUGGAUCAAAACCUCCAUGCCAAUGCUCUGCAAUUUAAUCCUUGGAGAUGGGAGAGUGAUGAUCAAACAUGCAAGAAAUUCACACCUUUUGGUGGAGGGUCUAGGUCCUGCCCUGGCUCUGAACUUGCAAAGGUUGAGGUUGCAUUUUUCCUGCACCACCUUAUACAAAACUACAGGUGGAAAGUGGAAGAAGGUGAAGAAGCCAUGGCAUAUCCAUAUGUAGAGUUCCAUAAAGGACUGGCAAUAAAGUUGCAGCCAUUAAACCACCAGUUUGGUUCUGGGUGAAGUGAUCAGAGUGUGAUGAGAUGACGGCUAAAGAAGGCAGGCAAGAUUGGUGGAGCAUUUUCUAUUUUUGUAAUUUAAUUAUUUCGGAGAUAUAUAUAAGGUCUCCCUUUUUAAUUCCCUGUUGCACAGGAAUUUUGUACUAAUUCUUGCAUUUUGCUUUUCCUAGUACAUAAAAUCCGAGGUUUAUUUCCUUCUUGAAACUGUGAUUGUAUGUAUACAGUUCAUGCUGCUAAUAUAAUCAAACCUUGUAAGGAUUUUCUACUGUA